AAGGAAAAUGUGGAUCGAAAGGACAAACUGAGGCCGAUCCAGGAGCGAGGAACCGCUUCAUCUCCAGUGUCCGCCCCGGGCCCUGGGCCUUUGUUCAAUAAAGACCCGCAGCUCCGCGGCUGAAGCUCCGCGGCUGAAGCUCCUUCUUGUUCUUGAAGCCUGGGCCCGGUGAGAUGGGGACCAGAGCGAGCCGCCUCCAGGAGGACCCCGUCCUCCCCGCAGCCUUUGGCAAAGACGGGUCCAGGCGGGAGUCGUACCGCAGACCCCGCUGUGCUCGGCCCUCCAGCCUCAUGGUCCAUUUCACCGGGAGUUUAGAAGAAACGGAGACAAACCGGAGCCGAUCAGAGGAAGGAAGCGACUCAGACCCGGGACAGCACGGAGCGAGCGCAGAGGGGAGCCCCGCAGAGCACCACCAGCACCACCAGCACCUCCAGCACCUCCAGCACACCCCCUCCACCGCCUCCACGCCCUCCGCCCGGGCCUCUCCGGCCUCCCCGGCCUCUCCGGCCUCUCCGGCCCGGGACACCGAGGGGAAGUCCGGGGAGGACGGCGGCAGGAGCCCGGAGGCCCCGGUGGAAGCGGAGCCUCAGCCCGGUCUGGAGGACAGCACAGGCCGCACUCCGCACCGCACUUUCUCAGAGAGGCUCCCCGGGACCAGGCACUCCUCCUCCCGCAGCGUGAGGUCCGCCCGGGGCAGGAGCACACAGCCCCGACCCGUGUCAGAGGCGUGGAUCGGACUGUACCGAGUCAACAACCGGCACGGCAGUAUCCGCUGUCCAUUCUGCUCCAAACCUUUUCCUGGAGGUCGAAUCGAGGAGCAUUUGCUCGGCUGUUUGACCUCUCCCCCCCUGCCCUACAACACGGACGUGCUCAGUAAAGACAGCGGCGAGUGCUCCAUCUGUUUGGAAGAGUUGGUCCAGGGAGAAACCAUCGCCCGCCUCGCUUGCCUCUGCGUCUACCACAAGAGCUGCAUUGACUCCUGGUCCAAGGUGAAGCCCUGCUGCCCGGAGCAUCCCUUCGACUGACCUGUGUCACAUGACCCACCAUGUGACCAACAACUCAGGAGAUUACACUGAACCCAUUAAACCCCAAAAACCUGAUUGAACAAACCCCUGAACUUGGAGCUGUUCUUGGAGCUGUUCUUGGAGCUGUUCUUGGAGCUGUUCUUGGAGCUGUUCUUGGAGCUGUUCUUGGAGCUGUUCUUGGAGCUGAACAUUCAAGUGGACGAUUCACCCUCCAGGCUCCAGUGACGUCCCCAGAGAGUUUCAAACCAAAAAGGAACCAGUUUGACGCUCGCUCUGCGCCAGCGGCAACGGAGGAUUGACCAGUAUUUACACAAAGACCAUUGAACACAUCGAAUGUUGUUGCUGAUGAAAUAUAAGUAAACACAAACAACUUUUUUGUUUUAAUUAAAUCUUGAACUUGAGGGCCGCUGGGCCGCAGGGCGGAUCUGUUACUGUGAGACUGGACACUACCUGUGUAAUUUGAUCUCACUGAAUGGGACUAUCUCGGUCAUUCGAGUUCAGUAUUUUUAAAAGUCGUGUGAAGGCCUCAUGCUUUGGACGUUCACUAUUUUCAGUUUGCAAAUUCCCCAAAAUCAUCUAUGGAAACAAACGGUAGA